CCAAUAGCCACUUGUCUCAAAAUCUCUCCACCUUAUUCCAUAAAUAAUUAGUAUCCAUUUUUUUCGUCUAGCCAUAUCGAACAUCUUGUUCAAAAUUUCCAAGUGAAUCCCCUCAAUCGUCAGUGUUACACUUCACCCAAUUUUAACAAAAAUGAGUCAACAACAACAAUCAACAAGGCAACAAGGUGAUCAAACUUCCGAACCAAUCAAAUAUGGUGACGUUUUUUGUGUCAAAGGUGAGUUAGGAGAAAAGGCUGUUAAGCCAGAAGAUGCAGCUAUGAUGCAGAGCGCUGAAACUGCUGUGCUAGGGAAAACAAAAAAAGGUGGUCCAGCAGCUGCCAUGCAAUCUGCUGCUAAUGUUAAUGUUAGUGCUGGUCUUGUUCAACCUGGUGAUGUUACUGAUGUUGCUGCUAGGGAAGGUGUUACUGUUACUGGGACGACUGUUCCUGGUGCUAAUAUAAUUACUGAAUCUGUUGCUGGACAGGUAGUUGGACAAUACAUCCAGCCAACAGGAGCCGGCAUUCAAAGCAGUCGUGGGACUGCUGGUGGAGGACAGCAACAAGGGGUAACUAGUGGCAGUGGAGGAGGGCAGCAGCAACAAGGAGGCGGUGGUGGUGGUGGUGGAGCAAUCACAAUAGGACAAGCUCUUGAAGCGGCUGCACAAACAAUACCUGGCAAACCAGUGGAUCAAUGCGAUGCAGCAGCAAUACAAGCAGCUGAAGUACGAGCAACAGGCAGUAAUGUUAUCAUUCCCGGUGGCGUAGCAGCCACUGCUCAGUCGGCUGCCGCUUAUAAUGAAUCUAUGAUAAGAGAUGAAGACAAAGUUAAACUCGGAGAUGUCUUGUCUAGUGCUACUAAGAUGUUGCCAGCGGAUAAGCCAGCGACGAGGCAGGAUGCGGAGGGAGUAGUAGGGGCAGAGUUACGGAACAAACCAGACAUGUCCACCACUCCUGGGGGAGUCGCUGCUUCCGUCACUGUAGCUGCCAGGAUGAAUGAAAGGAGUCAACAACAACAAUCUUAAUUUUCUGCCUCAUCUACGACAUCUGGUUGCUUUACCUUCCCCAGCUUGAAAGUUCAGACUAAUAUCUCUGUCUUGUGCCUUGUCGAGUCUUUCCUUUUUUUUGGUUGUGUUGUGUGGUUGCCUUUGGACUUGUAAGCAACCAACAUACAGUUCUGCUCGUAUGUACGCGUUUACUUGGCCACAGUAUAGUAGUCGGAUAUAGUCGAACAACUGUUUUUUUUUACAUGUUAUUAAUGUUGUCAUUUAAUGUCUGCAGCCACUGUAAUUAACUACUGCUGCUCAAAGUUACCUGGUUUGCACUUUGCAGCACAUUUCAAGUGAA